ACCAACGGCGAGCAACGCUAGUUUUUUUCUUUUCAACUUUUAAUUCUUCUCUUAAUUAAGCCAACCAAAAUAGCCAUAGUUUAUCAAAGAAAAUGACACUGUAUCACUUUGGAAAUUGCGUGGCCCUGCUGACGCCGUACUACUUCACCUACAAAUACUCCGGCCUAUCAGAAUAUGGAGCCUUCUGGAAGUGCGUGCAGGCCGGCGGCAUUUACAUAUUCACACAGCUCGUCAAGAUGCUCGUGCUGGCCACAUUCUUCUACUCGGACGCACCUUCCUCCAGCGGCGAGUUCAACUUCUUCGCGGAGAUCUUCAGGUGCAGCGUGGACAUCGCCGAUCUGCUCGGGUUUGCCCUUAUCCUGAGUCGCAUUCCUGGCAAGGGACACUCCAAACUUAUCACCGCUGGACUUGGAUGGGCCACUGCCGAGGUGAUUCUCUCUCGAGGCAUUAUGCUGUGGGUAGGAGCCCGAGGAACUGAGUUCAGCUGGAUCUACAUACUCAAGUGUCUGGAGUCGAAUGUGCUCCUGGUGCAGCACAUAACCACGGCCACUCUGAUCUGGCUGUUCACCCGUCACGAUCUCAACAAGGCGCUGAAACCGCUGGUUAGUUUGUUGCUGGCGGUGACAGUCUUCAAGGGCGUCUGGCUAGAGGGCAUGCUCCACAUCCUGACCCUCGGACCCUGGCUGACGGUGGCUGUGAAAGCGCUCGUGGCUGCCGUAAUUGGAUUCUGCACGCUGCACAUCUACUCGGGUCUGGCCCAGCAGAUCGGCAUUUAAUUCAUUGAUUGUGCCACACUCCUUGUAUCCUUUUUGUUUUGUAAUUUGUUUAUUUUUGAUGUUGUCACAGAGAGAAUGAGAUUUUGUAACGAAGACAACAAUUACGGUUUAGAGAAUUACCCCAAAUGUUAAUGAAUUAUAGCUACGAUAACGUAAUAGUAACAAAAAUA